AUGGAGACCAAAAAAGCAAGCAAGGGAAAGGGUGAAGAUCCGAAAAGAAAGACGCAUAAAACCCAAAUAGAUGAAGUCAGCUCUCUUAGGGAGAUGAAGCUGAAAGAAACAGAGAAGGAUUUAGAAUACCACCGGAAGGAACACUACAAACUGGCUUCUGAGAUUGAGGAACUAAGAAAUGUCCUAUACCAAGCGGAGUUGUCCGAAUUUGGGACCAUUGAUUAUUGGCAGAAAUGUUUAAAAGAAAAAGGGGAAAAGAUCAAAAGCCUGGAGGAACAGAUCGAAAGUCUAGAAGAGCUUGCAAUUGAAGAAUGUCGUGAGCGGGAAAAGGAAAAGAAGCAACAUUUCGAGAAGUUUGAGGAAGAAAUUUUAAAAAGAAAGGCCAUCGAGACUCGGAUAAAGAAAAAGAUAGCUAACAUGAGAAGGCAAAUGCAAGUAUCUAAAGAAGAAUACAGAGAAAGCUUAAGAAAAAAAGAAGAGGAAUAUGUACGCUUAGAAAGGAAAACGUCAGAAAGGGAAAAGAACCACAUAUGUAAAAUAGAGAAGAUGAGUAGGCUAAUUGAUGAUCAGGAAAAAUCCAUUGUCGAGUUGGAAAACGAAUUGCACGAUACUGAAAGGAAAAAUAACUGGCUAAGAAAAAUCUUCACAGUUACCUUUGAUAAUUUAGAGGAUAUGAGGCAACUGGUUCAAUCAAUGUCUAAGGACAAACUGUUACUGGCAGUGGACAAAAAAAUGAUGAUGUCAGCAUUAAAGAAGAAGGGUUGUGAGAUUGCGGUUCUACAAAACAUGCUUACUGAAGUCACGGCCGUAGCUGCUUAUCUGGAGCAAGCCUUCCUGGAUUUGGAGACAGAAACAACAGAGAAUGAGACAAAAAACCAAGUCACCAUCCAGGCCAGUCAGGUCGAGUUGGACAAACUACAGAAAAUUAUUGCCAUGCGAGAGAAGGAGAUCUGUCAAGUGAAGAAGCUGGCGAGGACCAUUGUGGAGAAACGCAGAGACAUGGAGGUGUUUUUCCACCAAGCCCUGGAUGACGUCCGACAGGAGAUAGCUGACGAAAGAAAGCGGAACGCAAACGAGGCAUAUCAAGACUACCGUCAGAAAUUUAGAGACACCGUGGCGGGGAGGAUAAGGCUCCCCUCCAUCCACACCCUCCAUCAAUGUCCCAACAGCACCAAAUCUUUGUAUUCAGACAUGAAGGCGGCUGAAAAACGGCCCCACCUCCCCGGCAAGGAGGUUUACAUGUCUGAUCUCACUUGGGAGCAAAAAGAAAAAGUGCUCACUCUUCUCUUUGCUAAAAUGAACGGGGAUGAAGAACGUGUGAUCUACCAGAAGUUGGAUUUGUGAGAGUCCUGUAGGAAGAAGAGCAGUGUGCUGACGCCAAACCUGCCGAAUGCAAUUGAAAAUUUCAACAA